AUGGUGGUUUUUAAUGGCUUGCUGAAAAUCAAGAUCUGCGAGGCGGUGAAUCUGAAACCCACACCUUGGUCGCUGAGGCAUGCGGUGGGUCCCAGACCACAGACCUUUUUGCUGGACCCUUACAUCGCCCUCAACGUGGACGAUUCCAGGAUCGGGCAGACCUCGACCAAGCAAAAGACCAACAGCCCUGCCUGGAAUGAUGAGUUUGUCACUGACGUUUGCAAUGGCAGGAAGAUUGAGAUGGCUGUUUUCCAUGAUGCCCCUAUCGGGUACGAUGAUUUUGUGGCUAACUGCACUAUACAGUUUGAGGACUUGCUGCAGAAUGGGAGCCGCCACUUUGAGGACUGGAUUGACUUGGAGCCAGAAGGAAGAGUAUAUGUCAUCAUAGAUCUUUCAGGAUCAUCAGGUGAAGCACCCAAAGACAAUGAAGAACGUGUAUUCAGAGAGCGGAUGCGUCCCAGAAAGCGGCAGGGUGCUGUGCGACGCAGAGUUCAUCAAGUCAAUGGACACAAGUUUAUGGCCACCUACCUUAGGCAACCAACAUAUUGUUCGCACUGCCGAGACUUUAUAUGGGGUGUAAUAGGAAAACAGGGAUACCAAUGUCAAGUUUGCACUUGUGUAGUCCACAAGAGAUGCCAUGAGCUUAUAAUAACUAAGUGUGCUGGUUUAAAGAAACAGGAAACUCAUGACGAGCAAGUGGGCUCCCAGCGCUUCAGUGUCAACAUGCCUCACAAGUUCAGCAUUCAUAAUUACAAAGUGCCCACCUUCUGUGACCACUGUGGUUCAUUGCUCUGGGGUCUUUUGAGACAAGGUUUACAAUGCAAAGUUUGCAAGAUGAAUGUACAUAGACGCUGUGAAACAAACGUAGCACCAAACUGCGGAGUGGAUGCUAGAGGAAUAGCUAAAGUACUUGCAGAUCUUGGAGUCACUCCAGAUAAGAUCACUAAUAGUGGGCAACGAAGGAAAAAGCUAACUGCAGGUGCAGAAUCUCAGCAGCCAGUUCCUGGAACCACACCUUCAGAAGAAGACAGGUCAAAGUCUGCACCAACCUCUCCGUGUGAUCAGGAAAUCAAAGAGCUUGAAAACAACAUUAGGAAAGCUUUGUCGUUUGACAAUCGAGGAGAAGAACACAGAGCGACAGCAACAACGUCAACAGACAAUCAGCUUAAUAAACCUGGGGAGAAUGGUGAAAACGGGGAAGUCAAACAAGUCCAGACCAAGCGAAUGGGCCUUGAAGAAUUCAACUUCAUUAAAGUAUUAGGGAAAGGCAGCUUUGGCAAGGUCAUGCUAGCUGAGCUAAAAGGUAAAGAUGAAGUAUAUGCGGUGAAAGUCUUAAAGAAAGAUGUCAUCCUUCAAGAUGAUGAUGUAGACUGUACAAUGACAGAAAAGAGAAUUCUGGCAUUAGCACGGAAACAUCCCUAUCUAACACAACUUUACUGCUGCUUCCAGACCAAGGACCGCCUCUUUUUCGUCAUGGAAUAUGUAAAUGGUGGAGAUCUAAUGUUUCAAAUUCAGCGCUCACGCAAAUUUGACGAGCCUCGAUCCCGCUUCUAUGCUGCAGAGGUCACAUCAGCACUCAUGUUUCUUCACCAGCAUGGCGUCAUCUACAGAGACCUGAAAUUGGACAAUAUUCUUCUGGAUGCAGAGGGUCAUUGCAAGCUGGCAGAUUUCGGAAUGUGUAAAGAAGGGAUUCUGAACGGAGUAACAACCACUACAUUUUGCGGAACACCAGACUACAUAGCUCCUGAGAUCCUCCAAGAGUUAGAAUAUGGUCCCUCGGUAGACUGGUGGGCUUUGGGUGUUCUGAUGUAUGAAAUGAUGGCUGGGCAACCUCCUUUUGAAGCUGACAAUGAAGAUGAUCUCUUUGAAUCCAUACUUCAUGACGAUGUGCUCUACCCAGUCUGGCUCAGCAAAGAAGCUGUCAGCAUUUUAAAAGCAUUCAUGACAAAAAACCCAAAUAAGCGACUAGGCUGUGUGGCGUCGCAAAAUGGGGAGGACGCGAUUAAACAGCAUCCGUUCUUUAAGGAAAUUGACUGGGUUCUUCUAGAACAAAGGAAAAUCAAGCCACCCUUCAAACCUCGGAUUAAAACCAAAAGGGAUGUAAAUAACUUUGAUCAAGACUUUACACGAGAAGAGCCAGUAUUAACGCUAGUGGAUGAGACAAUUAUAAAGCAAAUCAAUCAAGAAGAAUUUAAAGGGUUCUCUUAUUUUGGAGAAGAGCUACUGCCAUAG